AUGGAGUGUCAAUGCUGUUGGAGGAAAGAGGUGAAACGUAACACGAAACACACACUCUUUAGAAGACUAAUAAAUUGGGAUAGUUAUUUUCAGAAGUUUUGGUUUGCACAACAAAUUGUGCAAUAUACCUGGUUACUUAUAUUUGGUUGCACAGGGUUGGAUUUGGACUGUGGAAAUUAUCUAGGCCAAUAUACAGAAGGGGCAGUGAAGCAAGGGCUUGUGGAUGAAGCAUCCAUCAACAAUGCUGUCUCCAACAAUUUCGCUACAUUGAUGCGUCUUGGUUUCUUUGAUGGUGAUCCAAGCAAGCAGCCUUAUGGAAACCUUGGUCCAACGGAUGUAUGCACUUCAGCGAACCAGGAACUCGCUCGUGAAGCUGCAAGGCAAGGGAUUGUGUUGCUUAAAAAUAGUCCAGGAUCAUUGCCUUUCAAUGCCAAAGCCAUUAAAUCAUUGGCAGUCAUAGGGCCCAAUGCUAAUGCUACCAGGGUCAUGAUUGGAAACUAUGAAGGCAUUCCUUGUAAAUAUACAUCACCUUUGCAAGCCCUAACAGCCUUGGUUCCUACGAGCUAUGCUCCUGGCUGUCCGGAUGUGCAAUGCGCGAAUGCGCAGUUAGAUGAUGCCACAAAGAUAGCAGAGUCUGCAGAUGCAACAGUGAUUGUAGUGGGUGCAAGUCUUGCUAUAGAGGCUGAAAGUCUUGACAGAAUUAACAUUCUUCUACCAGGACAACAACAACUUCUAGUGAGUGAAGUUGCUAAUGUUUCCAAGGGACCUGUGAUUCUUGUCAUAAUGUCUGGUGGAGGCAUGGAUGUGUCCUUUGCUAAAAAUAAUGAUAAAAUCUCAAGCAUCCUAUGGGUUGGUUACCCUGGCGAAGCUGGUGGAGCUGCCAUAGCUGAUGUGAUUUUUGGCUUUUAUAAUCCCAGUGGAAGGCUACCAAUGACAUGGUAUCCACAAUCAUAUGUAGACAAGGUGCCAAUGACAAACAUGAACAUGAGGGCAGAUCCUGCUACAGGUUACCCUGGAAGAACAUAUAGAUUCUAUAAAGGUGAAACUGUUUUCUCCUUUGGAGAUGGAAUAAGCUUCUCAAGUGUUGAGCACAAAAUAGUUAAAGCACCACAGUUGGUGUCUGUUCCCCUAGCAGAGGAUCAUGAGUGCCGCUCCUCAGAAUGCAUGUCACUUGAUGUUGCUGAUGAGCAUUGCCAAAACUUGGCCUUUGAUGUUCACCUUGUGGUCAAGAACAUGGGCCAAAUGAGUAGUAGCCAUGUAGUGUUGUUGUUCUUUACUCCUCCUUCUGUGCACAAUGCCCCUCAGAAACACUUGUUGGGUUUUGAGAAAGUGCACUUGGCAGGAAAAUCAGAAGCACAGGUUAGGUUCAAAGUAGAUGUUUGCAAGGAUUUGAGUGUGGUUGAUGAGCUUGGCAACAGGAAAGUUCCACUGGGACAACAUAUGCUUCAUGUGGGAAACGUGAAGCAUCCUUUGGGUGUGAGGAUUUGAAAAAAGUCUUUAAAUCCUCUGCUCUCAUCUUUUUUUUUUUUUUUUUUUUUUUU